AUGAAGUUAUGCAUGACUCUCUUCUUUCAUCUGAGCAACCUCAGAGUAGAUUAUAAGUACUCUAUUAGGGUCGACUCCGCGGUCAAGGAGAAGCGCGUCAGUGAGGACCCUUUGGUGGCGCUCAUUCAGGAGAACCCUCAGCUGAUCCAACUAAAGUAUUUUAUGGAUCUGGCCAGGAAGAAUCCACCAACUAAGGAGAGAGAGGGCCCACCAUCCGCCUCCUCCCUCCCGCACCCACGCCUCCGCCGCGCCCAGCUCCUCCUCUAUGCCGCCUCCUCCCAUUCCCUAACCCUAUCUGCUCCCCGCGCCACGGCCUCCUCCUUCGCCCAGCCCGCCGGAUCCCCGCCGUCGUCAUCGCGUCCACACGGGAGGUGCUCUGCCUCUUCCUCCCUCCUGGUUUCGGGCUGGGCAUCACCUUCAUCGCCGGCGUGGCUCCGGUGGACUCUGGCGGGAUCCUCUCCGUCUUCUCCCUCGCCCCACGCGCGGUUCUGCUUCUCGCUGGCCACCGGGUGCAGCCUUGCAGGGGCGCAUCGGGCUGGGCUCGCGCCGCACAGCCGUGAGGAACAUAGAAGAGCACACCACCGGGCCGCACAGCAGGCAAGGAAGGAGCGCCGCCGCGGAAUGGGUAGGUCAACGCCGCAGAUUGGGGAGGAGCGCCGUCGCCGCCUGGACCAAGCUCCCUGCUGCACCGACCAAGGAUGCUCGAUUCCGGCCGCCUGCAGCACAUCAGGCCAUCCGCUAACAGAACUCUUUUCAUAGCUAGCUGAUCACUUGGUGGAGGACAAUAUGUGCACUACUAUUCUUGAUCAAGUCACUUUUCUAUAAUGUUUGAGCUCACCAAUGGUGAUGUAGUCAACAUAUAUCUCUUCUGCUCCUGUCAGCUAACCCGUUCAUGCCGAGGGCUUAUGUAUGGGUGAUCAUUCUUUUCACUUUCUCUGAAUCUCCUACCUUUUGUGAACCAAAAGAUCUUAUAGGGAGCUGGUAAAAAAAUAAUAUAUUAAAUUUGUUUUAGUACUUUUUUUAGUGCUGAAAAUUUAUGCCUUGAUUUGCCAUUGUAUAGUGACUGUUCAGAAAAUGUAUAGUGACUGUUCAGAAAAUGUAUGCCUUGAUUUGCCAUUGUAUAGUGACGGUGCAUGAUAUGUUGUAUUGUUCAUUUACAAACUAAUUACUAUAUUUUUCAU